UGUUGUUAAGUUACAGUAUAAAUUUGUAACUCAAAAUUGACAGUUUAUUAACAAUUUUCUACUUAUUACUAUAAAAAAUGCUUAACUACGUUCCUUUAGCGGUGUUUUGUAUUUGCUUCACGGCAAUUAAUUUACUCGCACAAAAUUUGACCGAAGAUCCAAAUGCGAAUUUAAUAUUUCCAAACUUCUCCAUUCAGGCAUUGGACGAGUCCAACUAUCGCGCCUUUCCUGGACAGCAAACUGAAAAAAUGUUUGUUGUAAUCGCGUAUGCAACGGUCAACUGGUUUAGAGCACAAGAGAUCUGCGGCUAUCAGGGUCUCUCCUUGGCCACCAUUAAUUCAAGAGAAGAAAGCCGGGCACUACAGGCUUAUUUAACACGAGCUGGUCUAAAUCUAAACCGUGAAGCUUUUUGGCUAGCUGGCUCUAUACACGCUGAUAACAAAAAUUGGGUUUGGUUCAGUACAGGCCGUCCUCUCACCUAUGCCA